AUGCCAUCAAUAUACCCGUCCCCUUCAACGCUACAAUCCAAUUUCUCCCAGCCAAACCAUCCACAUCCGCGCCAACCAUUCACAGCAGCAUGGAGCGCAAUCGACGACGCCAAACAGAAAACCGACAAAACCGGGCAUUCGGUCAAGCAAGGCUAUGAAAACUUGAGUAACAAGGCGCAGGCCAAAACGGGCAAGAUUGAAAUGUUUACGCCAAAGUAUUAUGCGGCGUGUUCUUUUGGCGGGUUGCUUGCUUGUGGUCUGACGCACACCGCUGUCACGCCACUGGAUCUGGUCAAAUGUCGACGCCAGGUCGAUCCAACCCUCUACAAAGGCAACAUGGAAGCAUGGAAACUCAUCUACCGCGCCGAGGGGGUCAGAGGUGUUUUUACCGGUUGGAGCCCUACCUUCUUCGGAUACUCCGCGCAAGGAGCAUUCAAAUACGGUGGCUACGAAUUCUUCAAGUCGUUUUAUAGCGACCUCGUCGGCCCUGAGAAGGCUGCUCGAUGGAAGACGAGUGUGUAUCUCGCGGCUAGUGCCUCUGCAGAGUUCUUUGCGGAUAUUGCUCUCUGUCCGUUUGAGGCCGUCAAAGUCCGAACGCAGACUACCAUGCCGCCCUUUGCGACGGGGACGUUUGAUGGAAUCAACAAGAUUGUUGCUAAGGAGGGAAGCGCUGGACUGUUCAAGGGGUUGUACCCCCUCUGGGGCCGCCAGAUCCCUUAUACCAUGAUGAAAUUUGCGUCCUUCGAGACGAUUGUCGAAAUGAUUUAUGGCUAUUUACCAGGCAAGAAACAGGAUUACAGCAAAUCUUCUCAAACCGCCGUUGCAUUCACGGGUGGUUAUCUAGCUGGUAUCCUGUGCGCGAUUGUUUCGCACCCCGCAGAUGUCAUGGUGAGUAAACUCAAUGCGUUGCGGCUGCCGGGUGAAGCGUUUGGGGUUGCGAUGUCGAGAAUCUAUAAGGAUAUUGGAUUUGGAGGGUUGUGGAAUGGGUUGGGGGUUAGGAUUGUUAUGAUUGGAACUUUGACUGGAUUGCAGUGGAUGAUAUACGACUCGUUCAAGAUCUUCAUGGGCCUACCGACGACAGGCGGCCAGAUCCCGGAGAAGAAGUAA